AAUAAUAACACAUGAAUAUAAAUGUGCGAUAACAUUGCUGUACAGUUUACAUUGUACGGUAUAAUAAUAAUGGUAGCGAUCGACACGGAACACAAGUCACAACAUAAUAACAUACAGUUGAGUGGCGACGGCGGACGACGGUCGAUCACCGGCGUUGGCGUUUUCGUUUAUUUUCAUCAGAAAAGUUCGUUUUGACGUUUUAACGUAUUCCCCCCGGGCGACUCGCCCGCUGCCGCGGAAAACUUGCAAAGCACUCCGACCGAACACAUAAUAAUAUUAUAGAAACGUCAUAAUAAUAAUAUUACACAACACGCGUGUUCAGGGUUUUUUGGCGGAAAUCGAUUUUUUUUUUUUAUGUUAUUGUCGUCGUCGUUCCGUCCUCGUUUCGCGUUUAUAUAUAUAAUUAAUAUAAUUACGGUUGCACCUACCACCUGCCUGCCAGGUCGCCCGCAUAGGGCCCAUUUCGAUAUUAUAUAAUACCUCGGACUACGCCGGACCGACUCGUGGCGACGUAUUAAAGGCACACGUCGUUUAUUGCCACCGGUGGUGCGCCCCGAGUCGUCGUGUUUCUGAAAUAAUAAAAUAAAAUCGUCGUCGUCGAACGAGUCAUUCACGAGCUUCACUGCACUCGCAGACAGUGCGGCGGCGCCUGUGUGUGAUGCUGUAAAGAUAGCGAUUUUCGUAGAUUUUUCCUCCGUCUCCGAGUGUCGUUAUUCUGUCUCUCUCCCGAGAUGGUCGACCACGCCAAGUGCCGCCGGACCGAGAACCACAACGGAGACGUGCAGACCACCGGACGAGCGGUGCAAUCGUUUCCGAAAAAGCCCGAAGUCCACUUGUCGUUCGAAAGUCUCACCUACACCGUGAACACCUACAUAAAGUUGAAAAAAGUGAAAAAGGAGAUUUUGCAUGGCAUCGGUGGCAGUUUCCGGUCCGGACAACUAACGGCCGUCAUGGGACCGUCGGGCUGUGGCAAGAGCACAUUACUCAACGUACUCGCCGGAUACUCGAUAAGCGGAAGUUCGGGCCAAGUGUAUUUGAACGACUCGUUAAGAGAUAAGAAUCAAAUGGCGAACAUCAGCUGUUACAUACAGCAGGACGAUUACGUUCGCGACCUGUUGACCGUCAGGGAAUCGAUGACGGUGGCGGCCCACCUGAAGUUACCGACAACUGUGUCGGCAAAAUCAAAAGCCAGCCAAGUGGAAGACCUGAUGGACGCGUUGGGUCUGUCCGUUCAUGGAGACACCGUUACCAAAUGUCUCUCCGGAGGCCAGAAAAAGAGACUGUCCAUCGCUUUAGAACUCAUAACCAACCCGUCGAUAUUAUUUCUAGACGAGCCCACCUCCGGUUUGGACAGCCAAUCUUGUAGCCAGUUCGUAUCACUGAUGGCCGACUUAGCCCACAACCAAAGCCGUACCAUGGUGUGCACACUGCACCAGCCCAGUGCUUUACUGUUCGAAAAGUUUGACCAAGUUUAUGCGUUGAGUUCGGGACGAUGCAUCUACCAGGGGCCACCCAGCUCUGUCAUUCCUUACUUUGCCGAACGGUUAGUCGUAUGUCCACCGUACCAUAACCCAGCUGACUUUUUGAUCGAAGUGGCCAUAGGUGAAUAUGGUACCGACGUACUCGUUGGAUUGUUCGACACAACAAAAAUCACGAACACAAAUGGCCGAAACAAGUGUCAUACAAUUUCUGGCGAAGACCACGAAGCAAUAGAACUAGAAAUGCGCGAGUGCCAGGAAAACAACAAUACCAAUGACGAAAAAUUACCGUAUAAAACAGAGCAUUUAAAUAAGCCUCCGUUUUAUGUACAGAUCUAUCAUAUAUAUUUGCGAAACGUUACCAUGUACAAACGCAACAAAACUAACCUGCUGUUGAGGAUCGCCGUCCAUUUGGCCGUAGCCCUCAUAAUGGGUUUCAUGUACCGUGGAGUGGGCAACGACGCUGCUCGAGUGCUCACCAACAUGAAAUUUGUGUACGGCUCCAAUUUGUUCUUGGUCUACACCGGUCUGAUGGCCGUCAUCGUUUCUUUCCCAUUGGAGUACAUGGUCUUGAAGAGGGAACACUUCAACGGUUGGUACACGCUUUUCUCGUACUUCGUAUCCGUAUUGCUGGUCGAAAUACCGCUACAGAUGGUGUGUUGUCUCGUCUACAUCGUACCGGCGUACGCGAUUACCGGCCAACCGUUGGAACUCGUGCGAUUCGGUUACUUCGCCGUUUUCCUGACGGUAACUUGCCUGACGUCGCAGAGCGCAGGAUUCCUGUGCGGCGCCACUAUGCCGUUGAAGAUGUCUGUGUUCGUUGGACCAGUAUUUGUGGUGCUUCUAUCCGUGUUCGGGUUCGCGAUAAGGUUUUCGGACGUACCCUCCAUGUAUGUGUGGCUUCACCAUUUCAGUUUCAUCAGGGCGUCGUUCCAGAGUAUCUUGUAUUCGCUGUACGACAUCGACAGGGGCGUUUUACCGUGCUCCGACGAGAUGUACUGCCACUACAAAAAUCCAGUGAAGUUUCUCAACGAAAUGGAAUUCGCCCGAGUGAACAUUUAUUCCGAAUUUUUCUACAUAUUCUCCUUUUUGCUGUGUACUUACGUGCUGACAACGACUGUCAUAUGGUACAGGCUGAACAAACGUUAGAUCUCACUCAAAACGACCAAACCCGCAAUAGGAUUGACGAGGUCUUAUAUUCUGUCACAAAUGUGAUUUUUUCUGAUAUGUAUCAUAUAUAUGUAUUAUGAUAUGUGAUAGUUAUUUAUAUGUGAUAUGUCACUUUUUAAUGAAAUUAUUGUAUUAUGUCACAAAAAUAUAAAUUAUUCGAUCACAUAUUAUUAUGUAGGUAUGUACCUAUAUGAAGAUCAAAUUAUUAAUUUACAAAACCCUCCUAAGAGGACGCUACCCAUUCAUUUUUUGUCUCCGUCAUAUAAACGUAAGGUACACGCAUCAAAUUUUUAUUCACUAGUUUCAAUAGUGUUAUUGUAGUUUUGAUAUUAGAGUGAAUUGACAUAUUAUCAAACUUUUAGGUAAGAGGUUUAUCUGUGCUUAAGCGUCGGCGUUUAUUCGAUGUCUUCAUUUUCGAUUGGAACUAUUGAAUGACAAUUUUCCAUAUCGUAUGUGUGUAAGACGGAAUCAACAAAUGCAUGAGUAGCGUCCUCUUAAAACCCAUUUGGGUUAAAAAUCCAUUGUUGAUAAAAUUGAAAACUUUAAAGUCUUUAAACACAGAAAAUUAACUAAUGACACGGAUAAUGUUGUUACUUAAAAGUUUGAGAAUAGGUCAAUUCACUCUAAUAUCAAAACUGACAACACCGUCAACACCCUAUAAAACUAGCGAACGAAAAUUUAUUAUGUCGUAUAUUUGUAACAUGGAGACAACACUAGCUAGUGCGACGUCUUAUUAAAGCGUAGCCCAACUGGUGUCGCGAUCUUCUUCUUAAUCAGUGGCGUAAUUUGGGGGCAGGCAGGGUAUACAUUUGCCCUCCUUUGUCAUUAAAGCGCCGGGUAUGGGCUAGUUUUGGGCCUUCAUGUAGUAGCUAAUAGGUAAUAUAUUUAGGUAUUUAUUUAUUUAUUUAUUUAUUUAUUCUUCAAGAAGAUAUCCUUCUACAUGUUAUACAUUAAUUAUUUAGUUAUUGUUAUCUCUCAAAAAAAAAAACGGGUUAUUUACGCCUAUGAUAGUAACCACGGUUAUCUCAGAUAACCGUGAUAAUAACUAGUAAGUAUAAAAUUAUGUAAAAAGGCUAUUUGUAUUGAGAUAAAAAUGCAAUUGUAAUGUAAUUUAUUGUUAGAGAGCGGUUUUUUUUUCAGUUUUAUUGUGGGCCGGUCAAAAAUGUUGUUCCUCCCCCCCUCAAAAAUUGAAAUGACGCCACUGUUCUCAAUGGUUAAAAUAAUAUUAUACAUACAAAGCUAAUGCGCUAAAACGCUAAAAUAUAACUGUUAAAUCGGUAGUGUCACCAUUGUGUGGCUUCUGUCAUCAAAAGUUUAAUUUGUAUAUUUUUUUACACUUUUCACUUUUUGUUCUCUACAGAAUCAAUUGUAAAUACCACAAACAAGUAAAAAAGAAAAAUAAAAUAAUAUAAUUGGUUUGCCCUUGUGAUAUUUGCAAACUGUUACUGCUCCACUGUAGAUUAACAUUCAUAAUAUUGAAAUCGUGUUCCUAAAAACCUGUAUUUUAAAUUGUUUUAAUAUUAUUGUUUAAAUUGUUCAGAGCGAGUACCUAUAAUAUGCAUUAAGCACUAUUUUUGCCUCGCCAAAUUAUAUGUUAUAUUUCACAAUAUACAAUUUAUAAUUUGUUA